AUGGUUGCUAGAUACCAAAGGAUCAAGUAUCCCAAUCCUGGAGAAAGACAACAUGGAGAAUCUAUGGCUGCACAGUGGGACCUUCAAAUCCGCAAGAAGCAGGACGAGGCCUACUCAAACCUGAUCAGGGAAUUUUUGCCAAACCAGCCCCCUGUUGGGGUCUACCGCAACCUUCGCGGAGACUUGCUGAAGAUCGUCCAGAUAGAUACUGGUUUCAUGCGUGAAGAUUCGCCUGAUCUCCAGGAGAUGCUGGAACCUGGCCACCUUUGGAUGCCAGCGGUAGUCUCUGGGCUUCCUGGAACGCAGUUUAACGAGGAGAGGGAAUACUUAUUCGAUCAUUUCAAAUAUGUCUUGGUGGAGCCUUUGGAAAUUGGUUUUAAUAAGGUAGCGAUAAAUGGUGUGGUGGUGUACCAGCGUAAGCAGAUACGCGUCGCUAUGAACGCCGAAAAAAAGACCGUCUGGGAAGCCGUUGAGACGGAUCAAUUUGAUCCGUCUCAACAGUGUUUCUUCGGGGCGCCAGAUGGAGACCCCCAGGUAAAUCCUACUUCGACUCCCCGGCCAAGUCGUACACCGAGUUCCGAUUCUGCUGUCAAUCUACCCAUCACUCCUCCGUAG